AAUUUGUGAAAUGAAAUGGUCAACACAGGCAUGUAUAAAAAGGACUUUGCUGGAAGGGCCAGUGACACAACUACUGACAGAACGAAAAUGUUUUUUGCAGCAUUCCUCAUUUUAUUACUGUCCGGUUACUCUGUCCAGAUGCAUGUUGACUAUUCUGGUUCAAAACCUUCUUCUGGGUUUGCAAUGCUGGAUGAUGUGAGGAUUUUAGCCAAUGGGCUACUUCAGUUGGGACAUGGUCUGAAAGACUUUGUCCAGAAAACUAAAGAUCAAGUGAAGGAAAUAUUUGAAAAAAUUAGCAUUUUCGACAGAUCCUUCACUGAACUCUCAAAGGAAACCAACGGGAUCAAACUUGAUGAGCAGACGCUGAAAAACCACACUGCAAUUCUGCAAGCCAGAAAUGAUGAGCUGAAAAUUAUAUCACUUGAUAUCAGAGAAAAAUUAAAUGGCAUCGUGGAGAAUCAAACUGUUCUAGAAACAAAAGUAGAAGGUCUAGAAGACAAAUUAUACAAACUGAAUGAAAUCAAAUCAGAAAUAUUGGAGAUAAAGAAGAUCCCAUCUCUAAAAGUUCUUAUUGAAGAACAAAACAAAAAUAUCAAAAGCUUGAUCAACACUUUACAUAAUCAACUGAACAAGCAGAAGCUUCAAAUACAGAAACUGGAUGAAAAGUAGCUGCUUUUUCCGAGUCGUUUUUCUUUCAAACAAAUAAAACUCUAAAACUGUUGUGUCACACAAUCCAUUUAGGAGCUUAAUGAACUGGGCAGAACUAUCAAAACUCUGAUUGUAAGGACCAUUUCUCACCAAUAGCCAGGUUCAGCCUUACAAUAAAGUUUAUGUGGUAUCUUGAUUGAUAAUUUCCCUUGUAAAUACAUACAGAUCAGCAACACCCUACGUCCAAGGAUAUGUAAUGAUACAGGAAAUUACAACUAUUCUCAGCGUCUGUUUAUUUCAUAUGGAAACAAAAUCGAGAUUACAAAUUCUGCACCCCAUCUACAGCCAGUCAAUAUUCACAGACAAGACUCAUAAACAAGCAUGUCUAAUCUGUGAUGAAAUGGACAAGAGCAAAGUGUGGUGGGUCUGUUAAGCCAGAAAUUAUGCAAACUACAAAGAACGUGCUGAAGACAGAACUAUGCUUAAAACAUGAAGGGGUGAAAGCUGAGCACUAAUUUAGACUGUAGACCACGGGACUGAAAAAUCACAUGAAAUAAAGCGCUAUGGAGACAGGUAUAUUGAUUAAAUAGCAUGCUGAUGAAGUAAGGCACUGGAAACAGUUGGGCCAGAACACUAAUUAAGAAAUAAAUAGAGCAAAGGAAGGGUCAAAUGGUUCAUGCUGUUGAGGCAAGCAACAUUUGUCACACAAUUCUCCACAAUUAGUACAAGGGUCCCAUUCAAGUCUGUAAGAAAGUGAACAAGGAUGAUGAAGAAUAGCUCAAUCUGCAGAAGAGAGGAGAAGGCAAGUAAUAAAUUAAAAUACAAAAUGCAGUUUUGAAAGGAAAGGAACCCGAGGAAGAUUCUGUGAAUACAGUAUGUAGUUUGAGGUUAGAUUAAAGAGAAAAAGCACAUCAAAUAUAGGGUGCGUGAGAGAGGGAGAGAGAGAGAUAUAGAGGGAGAGAAAGUGCAACCAGAGGGAAGAGAAUCUACGGUCAACAGGGGACAACAGACACAACACCACCAACUAUCAUCUUUGUAAUGUAUUGCUUCUUUGUACAGGUUACAACUUGCGUAAUAAAUCUGUUAUUCAUAUAAUCAAUAUA